CGUUCCAGGAAACUCAAAGAAGAAUUGGACAGUCUCCAGCAGCAGCUGGCCAUCAAGUCCGUCACCCGCACCCAGGACAAGAAACUUGUCGAUCUCCGCCUGUGCCGGCUGUGCUUCAAGACGAAAUUUGCCGACGGCGUCGGUCGCGUGUGCAGCGACUGCCAGCAGAGGGUGUGCCCCCAGUGCGGGGCCUUCUCUAAGCCCAAGUGGAACGCUAAGAGAAACAAGGUUAGUCGGUGA